AUGAGUUCAUAAAAGAUUACAGAUUAUAAAAUACUUUAGGUAAUAACGAAAAAAUCAAAAGUAAAUGACAAAAUCCUUAAAAAAGGAAAUGAUGAUAAUACUUAAUAUGUCCCAAUGAGAAGUGUAAAACUUAUACAUCCACAAUAACCUUAAGAUAAUUAAUAAAAUGAUAUGACAAUAAUACCUGAAGAAUUCAGAGGAUACCAAGAGGCAAUUCAAAUCAAUUAAAGUGUUGAAAGAAACUAAGCACUGAUUUGUGAUUUAAAAUAAGAAAUGGGAUUUUCAAUAUAUGACACCAAAUAUUUAAAAAGAGCAAAUACAGAUAUUAAUUUCAAUGAUUUAACCUUAUACUUUUUGCAAUCAAUGAAAUUAUUCAAGUAAGAUAAAAAUAGCAAGAAUUUAGGUAAAUUAACAAACAAAUUACUUUAAGAUAAAAAUAAGGGAAAUAAUAUAAAUUUUCCAUCUUACUUAAGUAAAAAUGUAAAUAUUUUGUAUUUUUUCACUAUUAUUUUACACAUAAACAAUAUUUCAAUUUUGCUUUUGAAUUCCAUGUUUUGCUUAUUUAAAAACAAUUUUAAUAUUUUAUUUAUUGAGUUAUUGUAAAUAAUAACUUUAUCAAUAAAUUGCAUUUAUAAUUGGUAAAAAUAUAGAAAUGAUUUAUAUGAUAAGCUUUAAUUCAAUAAACAAUAAUAAUAUCGAAAUAUUAUAUUUAAUAUCAUUUAAAUUAUACUUAUAGUUCUUUUGGGAUUAAUAAUACAUUUUUAGAUUAUUUAAGAAUAUUUGAUAAUAUGCUUGAUAUUGUUAAAUAUGAUUACUAUAGAAUAAUUAAGUUAAACCUAAUAUAUGUUGGUUUAAGAAAGUAUGAUUAAAUUGAUUUUGUUGUCAUUUUAAUAAUGUCAUUUAUAUUGUUGUGCUUAUCUAAUUUUAGUUAGUGAAGAUUUCAAUUUUUAUAAUUUUGACGAACAAUUACAUUUAUACUUGACAAUAUACUUAAGAUUCUUUGGUUAUAUGGUUGGUAUAGAUCUUUCAUUAUAAAAUAUUGAUUCAAAUAUUGAAAUAAUAAUAUUUAUAUUAUACACUUGGAUUAUAUUUUUGAUAAUUAAAUAUAAAUUUGUGAUUCAACUUUAUUUACUGGUUUAGGUUUAGAAGACAAAUUUUAAGGAUAGAAAGAAUAUGAUUGACUUUUUAAACUUUUUAAAAUCUUUAAAUAUUAGUAGUUCAAAGAUAAGAAAAUUGUUUAAUAAAAUUUAAUAAUAGCAAGUUUAAUAAAGAUCAGUUGGUAAAAUAAAGAAUUAUAAUUUUUUAUUAAAUUUAUAUGGGAUAAAGGAAUCAUUAAGAUAAUAAAUAAUUUAUUAAGAUAAGAUGAAACAUUUGAGAUAAUUUAAUUUAUUUAAUAAAUUAUCAAGAUAAAGUUUAAGUAAUUUAACAAAUAUAAUUGAAAUAUAGUAUUAUCGAAAUGAAGAGAUAAUAAUAAACUAAGAUGAAUUAGAUGAUUGUUCAAUUUAUAUAAUAAAAAGUGGUUAAGUGGAAAUAAGUUUUAAGAAUUCUAAAAAUGGGAUGAUUGGAAUAAAGCUUUUAGGAAUUAAUGAAUGUUUUGGAUAGAUAGGAUUUUUGACUGGUUUAGCUAGAAGUGCUUCAGUAAGAAGUAUAGGAGAAUCAUGUAUUUAUAAAUUAGAGAGAUCAAAUUUUUAAUAAAUAAUAUAGAAUAAUAAUAAUGAUAAAGUAAAUUGAUUAAAUAAUAAUAGGAAUUAGUAAAUGUGAUAAGAAAUGAAAUAAUAUUUUCAAAUGAAUAUGGAAUAGUUGGAAUGAAAUGUUAUAAUUGUUAAUGUUCAAAUCAUUUGAUAUAAAAUUGUCCAUAAUUACAUUUGGAAGUUUAGAAAGAAUUAGUAAUAUUGGAUUUAUUGGCUCCAUCUGAUUAAAAAAGACAUAAGUGUAUUUAUGAGAAUUUAAAUAAGUUAAAAGAAGAGAUGCAAAGAGUUCGAAUACAAAAUUUAGUGCAUUGAAUACUUAAGUGAAAUGUUAAGAGUUUUAAGAAGAUUAGGGAUAUGCAUCAUCUUUGGGAGAGACAGAUCAUACAAAUUAUUAAUAGAAUCAAUCUCAUUAUACGAUAACAUAAUCAUCAAUUAAUUAUCCAUCAAAAAUUUUAGGAUAGAAAUUAUCAUUAAGACCAUCAACAAUAGAAAAUUUAUAAGCAUUAGAUAUAUAGGAAUAGUAAAAGGAAUAAUAGUUUAGAGAAAUUGAUUAAAUAUUUAUAAGGGCAAGUAAUCCAAAAGGUACAACAUCAACAGCAGGAUUUGGUUAUAAAGAAUAGUCUUCUUAAAAGAGUCCUAAGACAGAGAAUAUUAAUAAUAUUAUAGAUGAAUAGCCAAGUGAAGAUUCAAGCGUAUAAAGUUCUUCAUUUUCAGAUGAUUAAAUAUCAAGAACUUCUAAAUAGACAUUGGAUUAAAAACUAAGACCAAUGAAAUCAAGUAAUAAUAAUAGAUCUGAAAAAUAUUCAUAAUAUAGAAGUGGUGUAAGUAGUAUAUCUAUUAAUAAUACACCAAAACAUUCAUAGUUAUCAAUAUUAAAUACUUUUACUCUAAAAUCAGAUAUGAAUAACAAUGUUUAAUUAAGUGGAGGAACUAAUCAUGGUUCAUAGAAAAUGAUUAGUACUUUACAUUUAAGAGAUAAAGAGGAUCGUUAAAAUACAUUGACAAUACCUGGAGGCAAUAAUAAUAUGUUAUAGGUUCCAUCUAAAAGAAGUUUAAUAAAUCCUUUAUCUUAAUUAAAUUACGAAAUGUCUCCUUUUGUUGCAUUCCCCUAACAUGUAUAGAUUGAUUAUGAAUAUAAAAGCAUCCUCCUAUUUGUAAUGAAUUAUAAUGGAGUCCAAUUGAAAUAGAUAAAUAUUAAAUAUUUAAUACUUUCUAUCCUCAAUAUAAUGUAGACGUAGUCAUUGAUCAUUAUCAUAUGCUGAUGAAAAAUUAUAAAGAUACUAAUACAAAAAGAGUUAAAUCAAAUAUUAAUGAAUUAUUUAAAUUUAAUACUUUUUGA